CAUGACACUGCUACGCAACGCUCCGCUGAAGCUACCUGCUGUUGCACGCGUUGACGGUGCUCCCGCUGCAAACAUAUACGAGCUUCACGUCCGGGUUGUAUCGUUGCGGAAAUCCCCCUACGACGUAACCAGGAUGCCAAUCGAAUUUGACAAGUCUGCUUGGCUUUUACGCCCACAAACACCUAGAACCUUGCGCCGCCUCCUCAGUAAAUCCGUCGCAUCUUUCCCUUUAGUCCGUCAUGGCAGAGAAUUUAGAUGGAACCCCAUCCUCUAUUGGCAGCCAAAUGGCUUGUGCGGCUUAGGUGGAGUUCUACCUGAUGCACCUCACUUGGAGGCUCCAGCGAGUAUGCGCUCUCAAUGAAGAGCACCCGUGAGUAGCCAGACCUCGAGCUGAUAUUAGUGCCUAAUUCCGCAACAGGAUUGCAGGCCCUAAUACCAACCCGUGGAGCGACAUAAACAUCCUCGUCACAAAAGAAGUAACGGUCGAGGUCGAGGUGGUGGAGUCCUAACAGGAGGACAUUGGCACAUACCUAUACCCGGCAUCAAACUUUUUCAUCGUUCCUUAUACCACUCCGACCCCUUUCGUUCGUUUAUCAAAACUCUUGUUUAGUUCCCGUUAUUUGCCCCGUUAGUCGUUGGCAUCUUGCAAUACAUUCUUUUCGCCCAAGUCCACUCAGGCGUCGCCCUAGCCAUCGUCGAAGGCCUAGCGUUGGUUCCUCUAUUUGAUGUCCUUGAUAGAUAGGUAGGCUACGCCUUUGAUCGCCGGAGAUCUUGCGGUCUAUUGCAGGGUCCUUCAAGCUUAAAUCCGGUCAUUUUCGCGGACUGCAUCUGUUGGCGAGCGGGUGCCAGAUAACAUACGAGCAAAGAUCAGCUCACUGUGGCACGGAACCAGCGCCCACGACAGUGGCAAGGUCGCCACUCUUGUAAUCGACGGUAGCCAUCGUCCGUCCAACAUAUGAG